CUCUACAGAUCCAAAAGGCCGUCUAGAGAGAGAAAGCCCACCACGCUCAAGGCAUACCCUCUUGAUAAAGCUCCGACCUUGGUGGAAGAGAGAGAGAGAGAGAGAGAUCUGAUCGCGACGAAGAGGCGGCGGCUGCUUUCGAAUUCGGCCCUCGAAGAUGGUGACGAAAUCGGAGGAGGACCAGCUGAACAGGCUGGAGGCCCAGGUGGACAACAGGGGCGGCGGCGCGUGGGAGUACCUCUGCCUCGUCCGCAAGCUCAAGGUGCGGCGCCCGGACAAGGUCUUGAAGCACGGGCUGGCGAUCCUGAACGAUUUCAAGAAGCGAUCGGCUCUUGGGACCGAAGAAUGGACUCUGUGCGAGCAAGUAGCAAUUGCAGCGAUGGACUGCCAAUCCCUAGAUGUUGCAAAGGACUGUAUCAAGGUUUUGCGUAAAAGGUUUCCAGACAGUAAAAGAGUGGGGAGGCUCGAGGGUAUGUUGCUUGAAGCGAAGGGGCUGUGGGCAGAGGCUGAAAAGGCUUACUCAAAUUUUCUAGAGGAUAACCCUUUUGAUCAAGUAAUACACAAACGGAGGGUUGCUGUGGCAAAGGCCCAAGGCAAUGUCUCUACCGCCAUAGAUUGUCUCAACAAAUAUCUUGAUACAUUCAUGGCAGAUCAUGAUGCUUGGAGAGAACUUGCGGAGAUAUACGUCUCCUUGCAGAUGUAUAAGCAGGCAGCAUUCUGCUAUGAGGAGCUAAUCUUAUCUCAACCAACAAAUCCGUUAUAUCACCUAGCCUAUGCUGAUGUGCUCUACACAAUUGGUGGACUAGAGAACCUUCAGGCGGCUAAGAAAUACUAUGCGUCCACUAUAAAUUUAACCGGGGGCAAGAAUCGAAGAGCACUUUUUGGUGUCUGCCUGUGCACAUCUGCCAUCGGACAGCUUUCUAAAGGACGGAAUAAGGAAGAUAAAGAGAGUCCUGAGCUACAGUCACUGGCGGUGGCAGCUUUGGAGAAAGACUACAAGCAGAGUGCUCCCGACAAGCUCCCGUUGCUAACGUCUGCCUUAAAAAGCUUGAGAGUAUAACUUCCAACAUCAAUGGAAGCUCUUCCAUCAACGCCUGUGAUCAGGAACCACAAUGGGCCAUGGGGGAUUCGCACGGAGAUUGGCUUGCAGGUUUAACUUAUUUUACGGCUCAUACCGUGGACGGAAUUUUGAUUGUUUUCAUUGAAAGAUAUUUAGUACGACGAUAUAUUCUUAGUAUUUAAGGUGCACCUGUCAUUGUAUUGACAUUUAGGAUGCCUCAGUGGGUUGCAGUAAUUUCUUUUCCCUCAUUCCUUUGAACGUAGCUGUGUUCACAUCUAUUGUUGCUAAGUUUCCGAAAGUAUUUCAUCCUGCGUUUGAUAA